AUGGGAGGCUCGCGACGCGCGGGACCGAACCUGACGUCCGUCAUGGAGCGCAACGACCUGGACGAGUUCCUCGCGAUCGCGGAGCUGAGCGAGCGCGACUUCACCGCCGAGCGCCGAGGCGCGGUCGUCGUGAGAGACGAGGCGCGGCGUCUCGCGGAGACGGCGCGCGCGCAGCUCACGCACGCGGACAAGCUGAAGGUGCCGCGGCGGCCGCCGUGGACGCGCGAGACGUCCCCGGAGCAGCUCGACGCGAACGAGCGGCGGUGUUUUCUCGAGUGGCGCCGAGCGCUCGCGGCGGUGGAGGAGGACGAGCGAUUGACGCUGACGCCGUUUGAAAAGAAUUUGGAGAUUUGGCGUCAGCUCUGGCGCGUGUGCGAGCGCUCGGACGUCGUCGUGCAAGUCGUGGACGCGCGCGAUCCGCUGUUUUAUCGCUGCCCCGAUCUCGAGGCGUACGUGCGCGAGAUCGACGGCGACAGGAAGAAGACGAUGCUGCUUCUGAACAAGGCGGAUUUGUUAUCGCCUCAGUUGCGCGCCGCGUGGAGCGACCACUUCGACGAAAUCGGCGUGGAGCAUCUGUGGUGGAGCGCGAAAGCCGCGAGCGAGGAAGUGGAGGCGGAGGAGCGCGCCGCGAAGACUGACUGGAUGGCGGAGGAGGCGGCGACCGCGGCGGCGAUCGGCGGCGUGCGAGCGGGGGAGGGCGUCCUGGACGACGAGGACGAGAGCGAGAGCGAGAGCGAGAGCGACGAAGACGCGGGCGCGCCUUCCGCGAGGACCCGGCGCGGCCGCUCUCCCGCGAACGCCAACGCGUCCAUCGCCGUCGCGGGAAAGAGCGACGUGCUGACCCGCGCGCAGCUCCUCGACGUCAUCGAGCGCGCGUGCGAGACCGUCGCGGGCGAGGGCGCGCGCGAACGCCGGAAAGACGGACGCGUCGUCGUCGGGAUGGUGGGCUAUCCCAACGUCGGGAAAUCAUCCACCGUCAACGCGCUCGUCGCGGCGAAGAAGACCGGGGUGAGCUCCACGCCCGGGAAGACGAAACACUUCCAGACGCUCAACCUGGGCGAAGGGCUGAUGCUCGCGGACUGCCCCGGUCUCGUGUUCCCGUCGUUCACCGCGUCCAGGGCGGAGCUCGUGUGCAACGGCGUGUUGCCCGUGGAUCGACUCACGGACGUCCGGGAACCCGUCGCGGUGGUCGCGGCGCGGAUCCCGCGCGAGGCGUUCGAGGCGACGUACAAGGUGAAGCUGCCGCUGCCGGCGCUGCACGAGGAUCAGAAGAGACGCGCGACCGCGGGAGAGAUGCUCAGGGCGUACUCCGCCGCGCGAGGGCUGACGGUGCAGCACGGACGGCCGGACGAGCAGAGGGCGGGGCGCGCGAUUUUGAAGGAUUUCACGCAGGGGAAGCUGUUGCACUGCGUCGGGCCGCCCGGGUACGUCGGUCCGCUCGGGAUCGACGGCGGCGGCGGCGCGAUCGGCGGCGAGGAUGGCGACGGCGAUCUUCUCGACGAGGACGGCGUGUUCAACGACCGCGGAAGAGACGUCCGCGGCGACGGCGACGGCGGCGAUGGCGGCGGCGGCGGCGGCGACGGCGGCGAAAUCGAGGACGACCCGCUCGCCGCGCAGCUCCUGCGAGAGAUGAUGCUCGAGCUCGGCGGCCUCGACGGCCACGGGAACGUCACGAAGGAGCAGAAAGAGAAGGCGAAGAUCAAGCGCGCGGAGCACAAGUUCCAGAAGAAGGGUGAGAAGAAGAAAGGGCGGAUUAAACACGCCGGCGUCGGCGAAGACGACACCGCGGGCGGGAACGGAUUCCGAAUGGGACGGAGAGGCGGGAUGAUGCCCGCGAGCGUGCAGGCCACGGUGCGGUCCGCGGUCACGGACGAGAUGUGA